AUGAAAAAUUUUCCUAAUAAUUUUGAAACAGGGAUCAACAUAAAAAAAAAUGAAGAAUUCAUGAUGACUCACCAAAAACAAAAUAGGAAUAAUUUUGUCACAUCAAACACUAACAAUUAUACAAUCACUAACAAUAAUAAUAUUACCAAUAGCGGAUUAAUUAAUAGGGACAAAGAUAUUUUCGUAGAAAGCCUUGUCGCAACUAUAAUUGAAACAAUUUGGUGUAAUUUUCCCGUAGUUACUACUGCACAGAUAAUUCCAUUACAUAACAAAAAUAUCGACCCGGCAACUUGUGGUCGCCGGAUGUUUUUAGCAUCGUUGAUAAUCGCAUCUAAAUAUUUGCAAGAUAAAAAUUAUUCAAAUACCGCUUGGUCUAAAAUUUGUGGUUUGCAGACUAGUAGUAAUAUGGAUGCUCAUAGUUUUGAAAAUCCCAAUUUGUCGACUGUUUUAACAGCACCACCAAUGAUUAUAAUGUCUCGGUCUAAAGAAUGUCAUGUAAGAGUUUUAGUUGAUAAAGGUCAAGCUUUUGAUAAAACUGCACACCUUAACAAACGUUUAACCAGCGAUAGAAAUUCAACACCAAAAUAUUCUAAUUGA